AUGGGCCUUGUGUCCGACAAGGUCCGACACUUGCUCAAGGAGAAGCGGAGGCUGAGGAGCAGGCUGCGGCGGCUGGAAGAAAGCGGGGCGACAGAGGCCGAAGUGGCGAGUGUCAAGGCAGAGUAUCAAGACAUGACUGAAGUUGUUCGUGAGCUCAAGGCUGAUGAAGCGAGAAAGGCCUUUGUUCUCUUUGACAAAGAUCGUUCCGGUGCUCUCUCUCUGGACGAGUUUGCAGUCUUGGCCUCUCGUCUCGAUCCUGAUCUCGAGCGGUCUGCCAUCGAAGCAGAGUUUCAUGCCAUGGAUCUCAACACAGAUGGCAAGGUCUCGUUGGCAGAGUUCUCCCGCUGGUGGGUCGCCUUUGCUCCCGACAACAAAAUGCGUCAAAAGCUCAAGACUGCCCUUCUUCGCAAGUUCCUCCACUCCAAGGUCUCGUCUGACAAGCAAAAGGCCGCCGUCUCGGAGCUUCGCGCCGCCGCAUCGCAUCUCCGCGCCCAGGUCCGCGCCCUCGGCGCAGAAUCUCUCUCCGACAAGUCUGCGUCAGUCCUCCGCUCCACUUUUGCCUCCAUCCACCAGGAUGUGCUUGCCGCCCUCGAUGAACCAGCGCCCGAGAUGUCCGACGCCGAGCCGGAGCUCGAGGUCUACUACCCGUACUUUGGGCCGGGCGUCUAUGACAACGCACACAUCAACGUCAGCAUCAACGCUGCCCGACCAGAGGCCAUUCUCCGCAAGCUCCUCCAGCCGGCCCACGUCGACCCGCACCUCCUGCGGGUCUUUCUCUACACCCACAAGCGCUACCUCCCGUCAACGCUCCUUCUCAAGGCCGUCGUCCAGCGGUUCCUCGCCCACACUGCUGCAGGCGUGCUUGACCCGCACCACGGUGGCGCAACCCUGCCGCCGACGCUCGUUGACCCCAACGGGACGCUCGCCAACCGCGACGGACCCAUCCUCGCCGGCGUCACUUGGUCCUCGCUCGAGACCGGCGAGGCCAUCCGUGUGCAAGCCCUCCUCUUCCUCCACGCCUGGCUCGCCACCGCAGGCACAGACCUCUCCGAGGACAACCUCGCCACCAUUGUCCGCGGCUUCUUUGACUCGAUUCAGUCGUCAAAGUCCUCCGGCGUCUCGGCCGACGCCCCGUCAGCCCGCCUCGUUGGCUUCCUCUCCACAGAGCUCGAUGUUCUAGAGACCUCGCUCGCGUCGGUCAUGCUCCCAGCGUCAUACGACAUCGAUCGCCUCGCGCCGUUCUUUGCUCCGCCGCACACCACCGACGACAACCUCGGAAACUCGGUCGCCGCCCUCAGCGACCUCUCGGCCUACGAGUGGGCCCGCCAGCUCACCCUCCUCGACUUUGAGGCCUACACUCAGAUCAAGCCUCACGAGUUUCUCAAGAACCAGGCCCAGCCGGCCCUCGGCCCGUUUGUCAACAGCUUUGCCCGCCGCGCCGCCUGGGUCGCCUCGGAAGUCACCACCCCGUCGUUGGCCCAGGACCGCGCCCGCGCCGUCGUCACCUUUGUCGACAUGGCCCAUUGCUGUGCAGUGCUUGACAACUACGCCUCGCUGGUGUGCAUCGUCUCUACCCUCCUCUCGCCGCCAGUCCAGGCGACCUUUGAUCUCGUUCCCGCCGCCGCUCGCGCCCGACUCGCCACCCUCGAGGAGCUCGUUGCUCCGCUCCUCCGCUUUGAGACCACGGCAGACGUCAUGAGUUCUGUUGCGCCGCCGGCCGUCCCCUACAUUGUUCCGUACGAGGCCCGGCUCUUUAACAUUGAGGCCACCCACAAGACCUGGUGCGACGCAACCGAGUCGCGCAUGGUCAACAUCCGCAAGUUCACCGCUCUCGCAGACGUCAUCGACACCGCCCUCGUCUUUCAGUCGGGCGAGUACGCCAUCCGUCCGCUCUACGCCUGUCGCUCCUACCUCGCCCGAUACCCGGUUCUUUCUCAUUCGGCGCUUCGCGAGCGCGCCGCUGCCGGCCUAUCUCGCAUCCAAUCCGACGGAAGAAUGCUGUCUGCAGGCACGUCUGGCGCUGCUGCCGGAAACGCCUCCGCCAUUGUCUUUGCCGCCGACCCGGCUGUCGAAAACGCCGUCAAACCCGUUUUCGGCGUCAUGGCCACGCCCGACUCGCCCGUCAGCGGCAGUUCAGUCCCCAAGCCCAUCCGUCCGCUCAGAGCCCAGAUCACCUCGGUCCUCGACGUCCACCCGCUCGAGCUCGCCCGCCAGCUCGCCCUCCUCACCCACAAGCAGUUUGCCAAGGUCAGAGCCGUUGACUGGACCACCACGGUGGUUCGUGACGGCCGCUCAUCUCUUCUCGACCCGCUCGUCACUCCCUCGCUUGCCACCCUCACCUUUCCGCAGCUUGUCGCCUUUCCCGGUGCUACCGACGACGAGUCGUUGGCCUCGCCGGCCAUGGGCCACUUCCUCGACCAACUGCUCCACAUCAUGAGCUGGACCCAGAGCCAGAUUCUGCUCUCCUCGCCGCACCUUGUCCAGGCCGGCCAGCUCAUCGCCUCAUCUGAGGCCCUAGACUCGGGCACCAUCGAUGUGGUUCUUGUCGAGCGCCUCCACUCGCUCUGCUACGUCAUUGACGUCGCCCAUGCCUCGCUUCUCCUCGGCAACUUUGCCGGUCUUGCUGCCAUUGUUCUCGCCCUCCACACCGCGCCCAUCCAGCGGCUCUCGCUCACCUGGCGCGGCCUGCCAAGCUUCUUCAAGCACAAGCUCGCGGCGCUCGAGGCCGUCAUUGCCUUUUCGCCAAAGUCGCGCCGGUACCCGCGCUACCGCCUCGCCCUUGACGCUACCCACUCGCCGUACGUCCCGCUGCCAAGCGCCCAUCUCGUCGCCCUCUUUGACCUCUACUACAACGUGCAUGGAGACGAAGACGCCUUUGCCACGCACCCAAGCACCGCUGCCGAACUCGAUUUGCUCAAGAACGCCGCGACUACCCCCUACCGGCUGCGCAAGCUCGACGACGUGGUCGUCUGCAUCACUCAGCCGGCGGCCGGUAUCCUCUCCCAAAACCAGGCCAUGGCUGCCGCCAUCAAGCUCGAGCCCGAAGGCCACUCCAUCUCGUCAGUCGCCAAGCUUUGGGCCUCGGGCCGUGCCUUUGAGCACAUCUCGCAGAUCCGCGACACAGGCUACGACCUCUCUGGCGAGGUCUUUGGCGCGGCCGCGGGCCCCUCGGCCAGCAGCGACUGCUCGCUCGGCAACUUCACACUAACUGAGCCGCUCCAUUGAAUGCGAGCAAACGACAAAGAGACAG